AUGGAGUCGACCAACCUCGGGUCGUCGUCCCAGGGCUCAGUCAACCUUGACGUCUCUCGUUUCGAGGUGACGCCUGUCUUCACCCACCCCGACGCACAUGUCGACAUCAUUCUCGUUCAUGGUCUAAAUGGCCAGCCGAAGCGGACUUGGACCGCCAAGAACGGCCUCUAUUGGCCGGCAGAGCUUCUUCCAGAGACAUUAAAAAAAAACCCUGCAAAUAUUCUCGUAUAUGGUUACAACGCCGAUGUCUACGGCAGAGGCACGGAGAGCAGUCCGAGCGACAACUUUAUUUACCAGCAUGCAAUGACUUUAGUCAGCCAUUUGACCGCUUUUCGCCAGAAUAGGGGUACAAGCAACAACCCGCUCAUUUGGGUUGCUCACAGCCUCGGCGGAAUAUUGGUGAAGCGUGCGUUGCUUUACUCCAAUGACCUCCGUGAUGCCGACCACGAGGCGUCGCGGUCUAUAUAUGUUUCGACAUACGGCAUCAUCUUUCUUGGCACACCACACACCGGCUCCGGGCUGGCUUUCUGGGGUCGAGUCCUACAAGGAAUGGCCUCUGCAGCACCCAAGAAGUUCUUUGAUACCGAGCCCGUCCUGAUCAAGUCGCUGAAGCGGAACAACGAACGUUUACAGGAAGUCAACAAUCACUUUCUGGACAUUUACCAACGCUUCAAGAUUCAAAUGGUCCACGAGAACCACAAAACCGACCUGAAGGGAACAAAGGCAUUUGUUGUAGAUGUCGACUCGGCAAGUCCUCAGCUGCCCGGUGUGACAUACUACGGGAUUGAAGCCGACCAUUCAAAUAUAUGCAAAUUUGAUGGUGCAAACGCCCCAGGUUACCAAACUAUGGUCACGUCUAUCCAAGAAUGGGUCAUAGAGGCCCCCCCAGUCAUCGAAAUCCGAUGGACGGUUGAACAUGAAGACCGUGUGGCUCGUGCGCGUCGUGAAAUAGAAGAGCGUCGUUUGACUGCAACCAUACGGGCAAGGAGUAAAUCAAACGCUGAUACAGACUUGAUCGAAGGUAUUCCCGACCUCUUGUCACUGAGGGCAGUGAUGGCCAAGGUUGACUCUACUACUAUACUCAGCCCAGGUGAACUUGUCGAGUCCCCCAUUACCUCCAUCCCAGAUGCGGCUACCGCACCGAUGCCACUACUUCCUCCCCCUGUCUCAUCAACGACCUCAGGUACCUCGACUGUCAAGCAGGACCCGCUAUUUCUGCACCCGGAGAAGUUUCGUCCAAAUUCCUACUUCGUUGGACGCAAGAGAGAGCUUGAGGAGCUUCACCGAAAGCUCACCGACGGUGCAAAGAGGGCAGAGGGAACUUCCGCAGUUGUCAUCCAAAGCCUACCAGGUGGUGGAAAGACGCACCUUGCGCGACAAUAUGUUUUCCAACACCGUGGCGACUACCCGGGUGGCAUUUACUGGAUUCGUGCUAAGUCCAUCGCAGAAAUGGAACAAUUUUUCUGGACAAUUGCAAAGAACGAAGCUUUGCGAAACGUCGUGGAAAAGACCCUUGCGGAGGAGCCCAGCUCUUCUAGCGAUUCUCAGAAGGAGUUGUGUGAUCCUCACAAUAUCGUCAACAUCGUCCGGGCUUGGUUUAGCAGUUUCGAUCAAUGGCUUCUCGUGUUUGACGGCAUCAUUUUCAAUACGCCCGGAAUAGAGCGAUUCAUUCCCGAUGCUAAAAACACGAGCAUCAUCUACACGUCCAUCCAAAGCGAUGUCUCUGGCCGUUACGAGUUUGACAAUCCACAAAUAAUGAAGCUGGAUAUGCUCAGCCCGGAGGAUGCGCGCGAUUUGCUCUUGACCGAAAUGGAGCGGAAAAAGCCCUGGAGGGAAGGUGAAUGUGCACAGGCACUCGAGAUUGUCAAGCGCAUGGGGUGUCUGCCAUUGAUGGUCCAUGCUGCCGCCCGGCAUAUCAAAACAACCCGUGAGCCUCUAUCCAAAUACUUAAGAACCCUCCAAAAUCGAAUAUGGGCUAGUGACCUUCCUGCAUACUACAACGUAUGGGACGAGCUCAAGUCUCGCGGCGCAUACCCGUCCUUGAAUCUCAUGUACAUCUUGGCUUUUCUGGGCGGCCGUGUUCCGGUUGGAUUUCUCAAUCUAGGCCUCCAUGCGCUGGAUAGCAGGACACCGGUGUUGACUCGUGAUGCGUCACACACAAAGAGAUCUCUUAACAACAGUUUGGGUACCUUAAUUGCCUUUGCUCUUGUUGAUCGCUACGAGGCGGAUUCUGUCUCUCCAACGAGUUCGCAAACCAGUUCCAAACAGAGCCAUGAAAGGGGGUCCGAAUCUGUUGACUUGCUCCGAAUUCACACCGUUGUCCAGCGCUUUUUUGUUGAUGUUCUUACUGCUACUAAAGAUGCCGACUUCUGGCUCGAGCGGUCGGCAAAUGUGUUCUGCCAUGCUUUUGAUGAGGCGGAUAGGCUCAAUGGCAGAAGACCCGGUCUAUUGGACGAUUACCGCUGCUUCAAAAUACACGGUGAGAUGUUGUUACAACACUUGGCCCACUCGGAAAAGAAAUCGCCACUUCCUCCCGGCCUGGCCAGUGCCGGGGUACAGAUCCGUUCUCGACUCGGUGCCUGCGAGGAAGCCAUCAUGAAGCUCUCGGAAGUCACGCAGGCUCACAUUUUCAACGAGAUGGGCACGCGCCCGUCAAGUUACGAGAGCCUAACAACCACAUCUGUUUUCGAACGUGCAAACAGUUUUUCAGACUCCUCGGUAGCUGGUUCUGCCAACUCAUCCAGCCAAGCUAGUACUGACACCUCGGGAAUCUCCUCGCGAACGGGUACUGGAUUCGAUGACGAGAGGGCUGGCGUUCACAUCAUUAACACCAACCCCGCAAUCAACAUGGAUAUCGACAGUCCAAUCGACCUCGAAGCAGAGACGCAAUUCGGCGACACAAUUUUACAUCCCAACGACGGGAAAGGGAAAGCUCCAGUGCAACAAGUGUGGACCAACCCUCCAAUUGCCAAUGCUAGCGGCGGAACUCUGUACCAGUCACCAGACCUUAUCUUCUCUCCCUUCGUCCCAGGGGGUGGUGAUCCAUAUAGCUGGCAUGUACCAUACCCGACGGCCCAGAAUACAAUUCCUGCCCCACCAUCUCCGGAGGACGACAAUGGAACUGACCAGGCUGUAACCGAAGUGCCAACGCCGAAGCUUUCGGAUAUUUCGCCUGUCAGGCCAGAGGCAAAGGAUCACGACUCUCCGUCGGCAGGAUUUGGGGUGCUUUACUCUGAUCCUGCCGUACUUAAUCACCGCGUUGUUCAACGAAACUACGAGCACCGAUACCGAGAUCGAGCAGGGGCGUGGAGAGAUAAAAACAUCAGCGACCCUCGAAGCAGCGUGAGCCGCGAGUUUGCGGAAGGAUCGUUGUUCAUCCCUGAAAGCGAAAGCUUCAAAGCAGAGCUUCCCGAACACGGCUUCUCGGUGACCGGCGGCGUGGCAAAGCACUCUCUCAGUAAAUUUCGAUCUUGGGCCAACUCAGCAUCGCCUCCACGCCCGAGACUAGAACCGACCAUACUAGACGUCGGCACCAAAGGGGAUACCGACCAGAAUCAAAGCAAGAACCGAGCACAGAGCACAGGGACAUUGGGCGUCCGACCCCUUGUAACCCUUUAUGAAAGCACAAAGCGACACGAGCCCGCCCGCCACGGCAUAGAGGAUGGGCACGGAACCAAACCGUCAGAUAUCGCCGCGAUGUCUUUCAACUCUCCAAAAAGUUCCUCACAGUCCCCACCAUCAAGUUUCAGGAACUCAUUGAAGCGUCUCAGGGGUCUCAAGGAGCUUUUGUCAUUUGGUUCUGCUUCAGCGAGCUUUGUUACUUCAGAAGAACAGAAAACUGAGAAUAUCGCCCCGUCUGAUCCCGAAAUUGCACCUGCCGCGCCGGAUACGGAGGAUGCACUUGCAAGCAGCAUUGAUAGCCUGCUCCGCUCGCAGCCUGGAACAUUUUUGAGGGGCUCUCGGACAGCCAGAUCAACCCCUAACCAGGGCUAUGGCCCGUUCAUGCCCCCUCCGUAUCGCUCCUCAUCCCAAUAUCUCUCCAAUUCGAUUACAACGCAUCAGGAGGAAACUAUCGUGGAUGAUGGCAAUGCCGAGAACACGGAUAGUAUUGCUCAAAGAAACCUACCAGAUUCCAUCCAUCAAUGGGGCAGCGAUGUCUACCACCCUGGCAACCAGCGAAUAACUUCGUCUGAGUUGAGUUUUGGGAUUGGCGCCCAAGACCGAACAGCGGCUUCCUACCAGGCACCGCUACACCCGAGCCACUCCCAGCAGUCUUCUCAGUAUUUGCAACAACCCACGGGGCCGUCUCAGGAACAAAUCGCACUUGAAUCUCAGCAGAUUCAGCGCAAUUUUUUACGACCAAACCAGAAUGUUGAUGGAUAUACUUCGCAGCCAAUGUCUCGCAACACAAGCGCUCAGUCUCAGCCCUCGACAUACGGCCACGCUCACUACCCAACUCGGCUCUCGUCCAUCCCCGCCAAUACGGCACCACCGUCCAACCAAGCGGGAACGUACCUUCCACAUGAUCGUAGCUUACCUCAGUCUGUGGACGGCCGAUCUAUGACAGCGGGUACACGGCAAAUACCUUCUCUGCGAAGGAAUAGCCAAUCGUCUCUUGUACAAACAGAACCGUCUCCACAAACGACGAAUCCUUUCGCAGAUGUCAACACUAGCUAUCGGCAGUGGGAGGAAAGGCAUCAAGAGCAUCACCACGAGAGGCCAUCUUACCUGCACGGCCCAUUUACGGUGUGGUUAGAGGUUAGGGAACCGUCUAUUUUCCGACCUAUUCCCACAGCUUAUAGCACAGGUGCUCUUACAAAUAACAGCGACACAAGGAGCGGUAGUAGCAGCGGCAGCGUCGGAGGUGCAGGCUCGAGACAACCGGACAGUGUGGUGGUGUCUCGGUCGCAGUCUGGCCAAGGGCCAGAACACGUCUCAGCAACUGGUGCCUGGGAUUCCAGAGGCAUUGCUACUGUGCAUAUGGGCAUAUCGAAUAUAGCUCGGAGUGGCCCAUAUCCUUCUCAGAUUACACAUGUCGAGGGAGACGAGCAUUCGUCUGAGCCGAUAUCCAAAAGCGUUUCAGGAACCGGAAACAGAAAAGUACAGGUGGGAGAAUCCAACGACCACGACAGCGGUGUUUCGUGA